AUGCAAUCCAAAGGCCCAUCUGAACUCGAGAAGAUCGUUCACAUCAGCGAUGAACUCUGCCGUUUAAACCUCACUCCCAAGGAGUUCAUUGCCGGUUUUCUCACUAGGGAACACCCUCAGCUAGUUUACAGGCGACGAAGCUGGGCGACGCAAUGGGGAUGGACUUCAACAAUGAAUUUGGUCGAAUCAAUUAGGAACUUAUUCCUGAAUACUCAAGCGGGAUCUGACCGAUGGACUGAAUUUAUUCAAGCGGAGUCCAUCAGAAUCUUGCGCGCCCAAUCACCACCAAGAGGCUACUACCCUGGCGGUUCUUUCCAGAGCGCCGUGACUGUGAUACCAGGUUUUUUCAGUGAUAAGGCAAUGGACGAACGCAAGGCUAGAUUGACAACACACGACACACCUUUCCUAUACAACAUCCUGAUUGGCACUCUGGCCAGACCUGGAGACGAAUCGUUCACACCUGAGGAAAUGGAAGCCGAAAAUCCUCCAGAUAUCGAUGUCAAUCUGGAUGAUCCGGAUAGGCAUGACUUUGAUCGGACUCUUGACCUAACAUCUGACGAGGCAGAGCAGCUUGAAUACGAGGGCGAUGUGUACUCAACUGCAACCCCUAAGAUUAAUGAUAGACAAGCUCGUUCGGCUCAGACAGCCGCCGUGAUAUGCUCCAUGAUGGCAUUCAGCCGAAAUCGUAGACAAAAUGGAUUGCAGCUGGCAAACUCCAUCCGGUUUGUGGCUUGUGGCGUAUCAGAAACAGUCAACGAAUAUCUACAUUACAUGGGAUUGACCUCGUCUCGAAAGACCGCACUAGUUGCCUUGCAAUCACUGGCUCGGGCAGCGGCAAACAACAUUGUGAAUUCAAUGGCAAUCAUCAAUCGUCUGGCACCACCAUUAUGUAUCGACAAUCUGGACAUGGAGGAACGUGUACACCUGGCAACUGUGGGCACUCAAAAUCGAAUGUUCCAUGGUACGUGGGGGUACAUUCAUGUACCCUCGAAGGGGCUGUUUGAUUCACUCGAUGCCAGCCAACUGACACUGGAAGCUUAUCAUGACUCACUUCGACCCGUGGCAGACGACGACAAUUACGAAUGGGUCUGGAAGAGCCAACUCGCCAAGGUCAUGCUUAAAUAUGUGGCCAUCCCGGCAACUCGGACCGGCCGCUUAUCAUUAGAACCCCCAAUCGUCGAGCAGGUCAUGGAGGCAUUGCAGCGCCAAUCAGGCUUGGGACCGGAGGAAUUCUUUGGUCGCUUGCAACUGAUCGAUGGGGACCUUGGGACCGCACAGAUAUUCAAUGCCAUCCGAUCACUCCGAAGCCCAAGCGAGCAUCCUGAGCACCACCUGAACAACGUAACCUUCUCUCUGGGGGCAUCCCACACCCUUUGGAACAUUGCCCAGACAAUCCUUACCAAACAUUUUGGCAACUCCAACAAGAUGGAUGACCUAGGUGUGUGGCGGUACCUCGAUGCUCUUGGGAUUUCACCCGACAAGGUCCUCCAGAAGAAGGACUUUACCAAGAUGAUACAUGCAAUGGAGCACGUACAUGAGGUAACACUCCAUCAUUGUCUCAGGGUUGUCAUGGAGUGUGAUGAGGACCCACUACAGGAGUCUCUACCGGUCAUCUCUACACCUACCUGGAACUCUGUAAUUGAACAGUGUUAUGACCGAUUCUGUUCCCCAGCUGCUCGCAAGGCGGCCUCAAAACGUGAACACCCUAAGCUGUCAAACCUUCUCGUACGCCUGCAAGAUUUCUCCACAGUUGUCGAGGCCCAUCGGGCCAUGAAGGCUGGUGAUGUUGGCCGCUUGAUCAACAUUUGGAAGAUGUGUACUAAUGCUCACUCGCAUCUUGCCAAAUGA